AUGGUCAAUCCCCAAUCAACAAGCACGGGUAUCUCCCUCCAAGCCCUCAACACAAAAAACCUAGAAGAAAGGCCCGCACGAACAAACCAAAAUGACCACUCAAUAACCCCCUCCGAAACCGACAUAAUGCAGCAAUCCCUGAUAGCAGACUCGCAAGUCCCCGACGGCGGCGAAGCCUGGGUCGUGAUAUCAGGUUGCGCAGUGGUAACAUGGUGGUUCAUCGGAACAUCCUACUGCUGGGGUAUUCUGCAAGCCGCACUCGUGAAAGAAGGCGUAUCAUCAUCGUCGACGCUGGCAUUCGUCGGCUCCCUUGCGACAGCAUGUAUCUCCUUCCUGGGAAUUCUGAACGCGCGUAUUAUCCGCAAACUCGGGACGCGGGCGUCCGCCAUGACGGGCGUCUUCUUUUUGGGUCUUGGGGAGGUGCUGAGUGGAUUCUCAGCUAUGAAUAUUGGGGGCUUGUUUGCUACGGCUGGUGUUGUUAUGGGAAUUGGUAUUAGUCUCUGCUUUAUGGUUGUCUCUGUCACGCCGGCGCAGUAUUUCCGAGCGAAACGCGGGAUCGCAAAUGGCAUCGUCUAUGCGGCUGGUGGACUCGGCGGUGCUGUAAUCAGCUUCGUAAUGAAUGCGCUUCUUGAUCGCGUGGGCGUGCAGUGGACGUUCCGGAUUAUCGGGUUUGCUACUUGGGGUACAGGCUUGCCAGCUGCGUAUUUGAUCAAGCAGCGGGUUCCGAUUCCGCCGUCGGCUGUUGUGGAUUGGCGUCUAUUCCGCGACAUUCGCUUUGUCCUCCUCUUCGCAAUGGGUGCAAUCGCCACAUUCCCCCUUCUAGUCCCACCCUUCUUCCUGCCUCUCUUCACGGCCUCGCUGGGUAUGUCAUCCGGCACGGGAGCGGGUAUCGUCGCAGCAUUUAAUUUCUCCUCUGCUCUGGGGAGAUUGCUUUGCGGGCUAUGCAGUGAUAUGGUCGGGCCGCUAAAUACGCUAUUUAUUUCUCUUCUGCUAAGCGCGCUAAGCAUGCUGAUUAUCUGGCCUAUCUCUACUUCGCUGGGACCGUUGGUCGUCUUCGUUAUUGUCAAUGGUAUGGCGAACGGGGGCUUCUUUUCAACUAUGCCUACUGUUGUUGGGAAUACUUUUGGCUCGGCGAGGGUGUCUGUUGUUAUGGGAAUGGUUGUAACAGGAUGGGCUGGGGGGUAUCUGCUUGGCGCCCCCAUUGCGGGGUUCAUCCUCGAUGCUGCUGGCGGGGAGAAUCAUGGGAUUAUGGGUUACCGUCCGGCUAUUUUUUAUGCUGGUGCAAUGGCUCUUGUUGCUGCUAUGAUCGGGCUUUCUAUUCGACUAAAGACUGAUAAACAACUACUCAAGAAGCUCUAA